AGCACACUCUGAUUCCAGAGCUGCACUGGUACAGGGGAGGGAGCAAUGGCUAUUUAAAGAGGGUAAAAUAACACAAGAUCUUUAGCGCUGAGUAACCGCUUCCAAACAGACACAACGGGAUCGACUGAUCAUCUGUAUCACGGUUUAAAGAGGCAGGUUUUGACACCGUAGCCACGACGGUGCAUUUAUUCGCUGUCUUUUUCAAGACACUGACGAAUCCUCGGGAAGCGUGUAGGAGAAAAUGGGCAAAGAUUAUUACAAAAUAUUGGGAAUCGCAAAAGGAGCAUCAGAAGACGACAUCAAAAAGGCGUACAGAAAACAGGCUCUGAAAUGGCAUCCUGACAAAAACAAGACAGCCAAUGCGGAGGAGAAAUUCAAGGAGGUCGCGGAGGCUUAUGAUGUCCUUAGUGAUCCAAAGAAAAGAGAAAUAUAUGACCAGUACGGCGAAGAAGGCCUGAAAGGAGGUGGAGGGGCGACCGACGGGCCAGGAGGCAACUUCACCUACACAUUCCAUGGAGAUCCUCACGCGACGUUUGCCACGUUUUUCGGGGGAGCCAAUCCUUUCGAGAUAUUUUUUGGCAGGAAAGUUAAUGGACGAGAUGACGAUGACAUGGAGGUGGACGGAAAUGACCCCUUUGGCUCUUUCACGAGUUUUAACAUAAAUGGAUUUCCACGCGAGCGGCACGUCGGUCAGGGAGGCCCGCCGCGCAGAAAACAGGACCCCGCGAUCCACCACGAGCUCCGGGUGUCUCUAGAGGAGGUCUUUCACGGAUGCACCAAGCGCAUGAAAAUCUCACGCAAGCGCUUGAAUCCAGACGGUCGGACUUUGAGAACCGAGGACAAAAUCCUCACAAUUGAGAUCAAGCGUGGAUGGAAAGAGGGAACCAAAAUCACUUUUCCACGCGAGGGGGACGAAUCGCCUAAUACUAUUCCUGCCGAUAUCGUGUUUGUCAUUAAAGACAAGCCCCACGCCCACUUUCGCCGAGAGGGGUCUGAUAUCGUGUACCCGGUCCGGGUCAGUUUGCGCCAGUCAUUGUGUGGCUGCUCUGUCACCGUGUCGACAAUAGAUGGUAAAACGUGCAAUAUAAAGAUAACUGAUGUUGUCAAACCUGGCAUGAGGAAGAUCAUUGCUGGACAAGGACUGCCCUUGCCAAAGAACCCAGAACAAAGAGGGGACCUUAUUGUGGAGUUUGAUGUGAACUUUCCUGACAGUCUGCCAUCUAAUGCCAAGGAUGUCCUGAAACGACACUUACCGGUCUCAUAAAGUGAGCUAGGUUGGACUUUAGUGACAUUUCUACAUGAACAAUUCAGUCCCCUUCAUAGGUGGACUAAUAUGACAAAUCAAAUUUUGAGAAUGUGCAAUUUCUAUUUUUUAUCUAAAUCUGUGUUAAAUAUAUAUAUAUAUAUAUAUAU